AUGGCACAAAGUCCUAGUGUAAUUCACCUCGAUCGAGCAGAAAAAGCUGUUUCUUUGCUGCUAUCCACUGAUCAAAAUCAGCAACGAUAUCGGCCGAAAACGAUAAGGCCAUGUAAUGAAGUGCGCCAAAAUUAUUUACCAACAUUUCCGUCAAUUUCUUACGGCCCACACAACUAUCUACUCUUAGCUAAUGUACCAGGAAUUCAUCUAUCACCUUUGGAAAAGCUCCGACGUGUACAUGGUGCCAACACUGAUGACGCAAUAUCGUUGAUGAAAAGUUAUCGGUAUUCAGGUGGCCAUGAAGGGUUUCAUUUAUCUGAGCAGCAUAUAAGCGACUUAGCAGAACGCUUCCAAAUCGGUGAAUCAAUCAUUACUUUCAAUGCAGAGCGAAUCCGUAGCCUUUCUGCUAGUCUCUUUGCAUUGCAUGAAGAAUUUCGAGUUACUGUGCUGAAAAGACCCAAUGUCGCAUUGGCUGAACCAACACUCAAUUCAAAGCAGAUGGCCAUUUUACUGGAAUUCUAUCUACAGAUAGACGUGGAUACUUUCUACAUGAAAGUAUGUUCCUUCCGUGAACCUGAUUUUUGGUCAAAUAUGAAUAAUAGUGAGGGUCUCUUUUCUGAAUACAAAGGACCUGAAGCAAGGUACAUGGUCGAACCUUGUGGUAGUUUGUUCUGCACUUGCUGCCAUCCACCAAAUAGUUGGCGAAAGACUCGACCAUGGCCCGUAGUUGAUUUUGCCUCAAGCUCAUCACAUCAGUUUGUUAAUGGAUACACUACUUAUCUGAAUUGUUCAGCGACGUGUAUGACAUCUAAUAUUGUCUAUGCAAUGACAUGUCCAUGUGGCCAUUACGAUUAUAUUGAAUCAACAAAGGAGACACUAAGUGAAGCUCUGGCUUGUACGUAUCUCAUGCAACAUUUUCUGAGCUUAGCUCAAUAUGAACGUCUUGUACAAAAAAAGGAAAUAGCCGGUCAAAUGCGUCUGUAUCGACAUUCAGCUCGAUGCCCUGUAGCACUUCGAGUAUUUCUCGAUUGUAACCCUGCGCAUUGGUGUUUUGUUCCGAUGACAUGGCAUGAUUCAGCUACUGAAAGUAUUCGUGUUCUCGCACAAAGAUCUAAUGAAAGAGAUCCAGAAAUAGCGAAUAUUGUUCGGAUGGGUGCUAUCAAUGAUCGUACUGUGGCACGCCAACUCGACAGUGUACCAAUACCACCAGCACCUUACGCUUUUUCAUAUCGACAACGACAACAACAACGUGAGUUUUUCGAGCGUUUGGCGACUUUACCACUGGGUCGAUCACCGUACUCGACAAUAGAUUUAUAUCAAGCAAAAAUCAUUGCCGUUUUACCUAAUGAUUGUUCGCUUCUGUUGCGAUACUUGAUCGAAACAUUAUUUAUCAUACAUUGUGAGACUAAAUUAAACAUGAUAUGCCCGCUGGGUGGCGAUCCUGAAAGACGAUAUGGUCCUCCAUUCGAACCUAUCUGGUGUGACAAUUUACAUAAUGGAAUUCAAAAUGCUACAGCCGAAGACCAUUGA